AUGUCGCGUGACCAACGCCAGUAUGAAGUCGUCGUCUUUGGCGCAACCGGGUGAGCGGUCCAUCGACAUGUCAAUCUUGAAGGAGCCGGCUUGCUAACUCACUGCCUCGCGUCUCGAAGCUACACAGGAAAAUACACAGCAGAACAUGUAGCGACUCAACUGCCCACGGACCUGCGAUGGGCGAUUGCCGGUCGCUCGGAAGCCAAACUCAAGAGCGUAGCAGAGGAGCUUCGCCAGAUGAAUCCGGACCGGGUCGAACCAGGCAUUGAGCUCGCAAGCAUUGAUAAGGCCGACCUGGUUAGCCUCGCAAAGAAGACAAAGGUACUCAUCAGUGCUGUAGGGCCAUAUCACAAGUAUGGCGAAGCAGCAUUCCAAGCCUGUGCUGAGACGGGCACGCAUUACCUCGACUGUACAGGCGAGGUCCCAUGGGUAAGUGCCAUGGAGGGUGACCACGCGGCCAACAUGGAGCAAGAACAUGAAUCGGCAUAUGUGCUUUGAGCUUGGAAGCUUGGUUGUUCGACACGAUCUGGUUCUUGCCCGAGCGGACUGACAACGCAAGCACGGCCAACCAGACGAUUCGUGGUUGUGUGGGCCAUAAAGGAGUGUGCUAAUUGGUCUAGGUCUACGACAUGGUCGAGAAGUACGACGCUGUGGCAAAGAAGACUGGUGCCAUCAUGAUACCCCAGACCGGCGUCGAAAGUGCUAUUCCGGAUCUCAUGUGUUGGCUCUUGGUUUCGCACAUACGUCGUACUCUAUCUUGUGGUACUGCGGAAGUGGUGAGUACUCUGGAAAUGCGGUUUUCCGUCCACAGGAACAAGGGCUUACGUUGCCGUCUCAUAGCUUAACGCGAUCUAUGAGAUGAAAACAGCUCCCAGUGGGGGAACUCUUGACACCCUCCUGAGCUUGUUCGAGUCGUACAGCUUGUCGCACAUCGCGAAAACAAUGUCCCCCUUCUCACUCUGUACCACCACGCCACCGAAGCAAUCCCGCAGCCCACCAUUGACGGAGAAGCUUACGGGUAUGCGGACCGACGAAGAACUUGGCCUGCUCACCGAUAGUCUCUCCGGCACGACUGAUGCACCUAUCAUCAACCGAAGCUGGAGCCUUUUCGAGGGCGGCAGAUUCUACGGACCUAGAUUUCAGCUCUCCAGUUACAUGAAAGCCGACAAUGCAGUUUACGCAGUUAUUGUCCAUCUCGGAUUGACAUUGGGAGUAGCGGCGCUGAUCUUGCCGCCGGUCCGCUGGUUGAUCCGCCAAUUCAUCUAUCAACCCGGUGAAGGAACGCCUAGGGAGUACGUAUCGAGCCGGCGUCCUUCCCGGAGCUGUACACUGACGUUUGGUAGACAAGCGAAGAAAGAGCACUGCGAAUGGCGUGCGAUUGCCAACGCAGACGUGUCUGAUCCCCGGGAUCCGAAGAGAGCUUCUGGUCGAAUUCGAUGGGAGGGAAGCAUGUACCAUUUGACAGCGGUCGUCCUGGCAGAGGCUGCAAUAGUCCUUGCCCGCGAAAACGAGAAGUCAUUUGCACAGGAGCUUGGCGGCGGAGUGCUCACACCUGCGACGCUUGGUGCGUCAUAUUUGGAGCGCUUGCAAAAAGCCGGCUUGCAAGUUGAAGUCAAAACGCUGCCAUGA